AUGUCGCAAUGCGCAGAACACGAGAAAUGUCACCAAUUCGAGUCAGUUCCAUUGCCGGAGAGGAUCAUAGAGGUCUCUCCCGAUCCCUUAGUCCCUCCACGUAUUGUCGCUUCUGAGGGACAAAAGGGGGCCUACAUCAUCUUGAGUUAUCAUCAUCCCUCUGCGGACUCGGCGAGUUCAAGCACCGAAGCGCAGCCCAAGGAUAUCCUGCCAGCCAAUUUGGAUAUUGCACUCUAUCCAAAGGCCAUAGCCGAUGCCAUUGACAUCACUCGCAGACUGGGCUAUCAGUAUCUUUGGAUAAGACAGCUCUGUUUGAGGACAAGCGAAUUUUCUGAGAACCCAGCCCACUUCCUAGGCAUAUACGGCAGAGCAAGUUUGAUGCUUACAGCUUCUAUAACACCCGAGCCUAACGUCGGACUUUUUCACGAAAGAAAUAUUCUUCAAUCUCCAGCAUUGGGAAUUACCAAAGACAGAUAUCUCAGGCCCCGUGUGCUACGCUGGAUGACGAACAUUGAGAAAUCGCCGCUUUCUAUACAGGGUUGGAACGUAAUUGAGAGAAUACUUGCACCGCGUAUCGUUCAUUUCACAGAUCGACAACUAGUCUGGGAGUGUGCAUCUGGCUGUCAAUUUGAGGCAGUAAAAAUUAUCAAGGAACAAGGAUCCGGUCCAAGAAUAAACGGUUAUGAUAAGAAGCUCUUCCAGCAAUUUGUGGAGAGUGCACUGCUGUCACCCUCGACUGAUAUCAAUGAAACCCCCUAUGCCGGCGAAGAGAGCCCUGUUGCACGGCUGAAAGCUUGGACUGACAGUGUGAAUGCGCUCUCUUGGGGAAGCUUUGAGAAUCCUUCCGACAAACUUCUCGUGGUUGGCAAAUCCGCGCUGGCCAUCAGUGACGGUAGCAUGGGAGACUACCUAGCCGGAAUUUGGAGCAAACAUGUCGCAUCUGGACUUGCUUGGGGCCGAAUGUUUUCGCCUUUGACAUCAGCUACUGAAUAUGUCGCUCCUACCUGGAGCUGGGCCAGUGUGGAUGGCCCUGUUGGCAUAGAUGAUGUCCGUGAGAACCUUGCUUCAGAUUCAGCGUGGGCUCAAAAGUAUCGACCCGAGCUUGUUUCACAUCACAUUUUCUAUGCCGACACUUCGAACCCCUACGGAAAUGUUUUACCAGGAUCACAUAUUGUCCUUGAUGCGGCCUGUAUUGGGUUCAAGAGGCUAACAAGUGUACUCAAAGAUGAUGAAGAAUCAUUCAGAGUCACACCAAACCUUGAUCAAUCGCUGAUGUUUGAAUGCAUCUGCUGCAGACCAAGGCCAGCGGAGGUUCAAGAGGCAGAUUCUGAGAAGUUCAACCGGGAGAUUGAUCAUCAUGUCUGUGCUGUGCUAAAGAUUGACGACUGGACUACGAAGACUGACAACGUUGGGCCAUGCGUCUGCCUUAUUCUGAAAGCGUCUGACGGAGACGAUUCAUAUACUAGAGUCGGCUUUUUAACCGUUGCACCUAAUUCUUGGAACAAGCCGGUCAACCCCAGUGGCACGUUCGAUGGACUAGGCUGGGAAAGACGCCAGCUGAGGCUAGUGUAA